AGUAGAGGGAGUGUUGUGUACUGUGAGUGAAGAAGGGAAAGCACUAAAGAAAACAGGCUUAGUUGCUUUCCAACAUUCAGUGUAAUGCCAACCUGAAUUGUUUCAGUCCAGCUGACUCACCUAGGAUAUCUGUGUAUAUGUUAACAAAUAUUUCUGUGGCUGUGCUGGUGCAUAAAGAAGACUUUCUCUGACACUUAAUUAAAUAUGGGAUGCAGUUUGUGUACUCUACAGAAGCAAGAAGAGCAGUACAAAUUAUUGUAUGAAGUUUGUCAGGUAAAUGGGAAAGAUUUAUCUAAAGCAACACAUGACCAGGCAGUUGAAGCAUUCAAAACAGCCAAAGAGCCCAUCGUGGUGCAGGUCCUGAGGAGAACCCCACGCACUAAGAUCUUCAGCCCUUCUCAUGAGUCUUAUCUGGUAGAUACGGGCACCCAGACCGAUAUAACCUUUGAACAUAUCAUGGCUCUGACCAAGAUGGGAUCCCCUCCUCCAGCAGUCUCAGUACUAGAUCCAUACCUCUUACCUGAGGAUCAUUCAUCGGUGCAUGAAUACUAUGAUCCAAAUGACUACAUGGGAGGCAUUCAUCAAGAAAUGGACAGAGAUGAGUUAGAAUUAGAGGAAGUGGACUUGCAUAGAGUGAACAGCCAGGACAAGCUCGGCCUUACUGUGUGUUAUCGAACUGAUGAUGAAGAUGACAUUGGUAUUUAUGUUAGUGAGAUUGAUCCCAACAGCAUUGCUGCGAAAGAUGGUCGCCUACGAGAGGGAGAUCGCAUUAUUCAAAUUAAUGGCAUUGAGGUGCAGAACCGAGAAGAAGCUGUGGCACUUCUAACCAGCGAAGAGAGCAAAAAUGUCUCCUUACUUGUAGCAAGACCAGAAAUUCAGCUGGAUGAAGGAUGGAUGGACGAUGACAGAAAUGAUUUUCUGGAUGACUUACACAUGGACAUGCUGGAGGAACAGCACCACCAGGCCAUGCAGUUUACUGCCAGCAUCCUACAGCAGAAGAAGCAUGAAGAAGAUGGCGGCACCACAGACACGGCCACUAUUUUAUCUAAUCAGCAUGAGAAGGACAGCGGUGUGGGACGCACAGAUGAGAGCACGCGAAAUGACGAAAGCUCUGAGCAGGAGAAUAAUGCCGACGAUCACACCACUUCCUCUAACACCCUGGGGAGCCAGAAGCAGCUGGCGUACAGUCAUGACACUCUAGGAAGCGGUGACAUGCCGUUCAGCAACGAGUCGUUUAUCUCGGCCGACUGCACAGACACAGACUUCCUCAGCAUCCCAGUGGAUGAAUGCGAGAGAUUCCGUGAACUGCUGGAGCUGAAGUGCCAAGUCAAGUCUGCCAACCCGUACAGUCUAUAUUAUCAUAACAGUGCCUCGGAUAUAAGUAAGAGUGACCACGAGAGCGUUGACAGGGAGCUGGAGAUGCUGAAUGAGGAGCUGCGGAAUAUUGAGCUAGAGUGUCUGAAUAUCGUGAGAGCUCACAAAAUGCAACAGCUGAAAGAUCAAUACCGGGAGCCCUGGAUGCUCCAUAACAGCGGAUUCCGUAACUACAAUACAACCAUUGAUGCGCGCAGACACGAGCUCUCAGACAUUACAGAGCUCCCAGAGAAAUCUGACAAGGAUAGCUCGAGUGCAUACAACACAGGUGAGAGCUGUCGAAGCACACCGCUCACCCUGCAAAUUUCCCCUGAGAAUUCUCUGCACAGAACAGUAGAAGGCCUCAGCUGUCAAGGUAAUGAGGGGGCAGGGGCAUAUGUCUCCCAGAAGAAUCUGCUCCCUAGCUCAGAAAGUCACGAAGCCAGCUCUGCUAAAUAUCUCUCGUCCCCUAAAGAGACGGACCUUGGCAAGCAGCUGGAAAGCAAAGAGCGAAAAGCCAGUGAUGGAAGCAAAAGCCCAGCUCAAAAACUGGCUGGCUCCUACAUCUCUCCAUAUCAUCACUCUCCCUAUAAACACGCUCAUAUCCCAGCCCACGCUCAGCACUACCAGAGCUACAUGCAGCUGAUACAACAGAAGUCAGCUGUGGAAUAUGCACAGAGCCAGAUGAGUCUAGUGAGCAUGUGCAAAGACUUCAAUUCGUCAAGCCAAAGCGAGCCCCGGAUGGAAUGGAAAGUCAAGGUCAGGAGCGAUGGAACCCGCUACAUCACCAAGAGGCCAGUCAGGGACAGGCUACUGAGAGAACGUGCCAUAAAGAUUAAGGAAGAGCGCAGCGGGAUGACGACAGAUGACGACGCUAUAAGUGAGAUGAAAAUGGGCCGCUAUUGGAGCAAGGAGGAACGGAAGCAGCAUUUGGUGAAAGCGAAGGAACAGAGGCGGCGACGCGAGUUUAUGAUGCAGAGCAGGUUAGAUUGUUUAAAGGAACAGCAAGGGGUGGAAGAAAAGAAAGAGAUGAACAUCAUUGAACUGAGCCACAAAAAAAUGAUGAAGAAGAGGAAUAAAAAAAUCUUUGACAACUGGAUGACAAUCCAAGAACUCUUAACUCAUGGCACAAAGUCCCCCGAUGGCACAAGAGUGUACAAUUCUUUCCUGUCAGUAACUACUGUAUAAUCACCGUUGCUGAAUUAUGUACAUAAACUGCUACCUUUGGAGUAGAAAUUCCUGCCUCGUUCAAUGUGGCAAGUUUUUUUGUAUAUAAGAUACAGUCAUCAACUUUAUAAUUAAAAGUACUGAACUCUACAACUUUGGGUGCCAACAUUCUUUAUCGGAAAGUGGAGACAGAAACUGCCCAUCUCCUUUGAAGGCAAUAGUAACGUCUUUUUUUGGAAUACUGAUUGUACUUUUUUACUCAUUACCUUUUACAUGAAGUGUUUAAAUAUCAGAAAAUGUAUUUACAAUACUUAAGCCGAUAAUUUGUUUAAACUGUGUUCAUAUAAAAGGUUACACGUGCUUUUCUUUGCCUAAAAACCACAAAAGCAACCGCAAAUAUGUAUUUUUAUGAAAGCAUAUUUUGUGAUAUUUCUUUGCCGUGGUGCACUUCUGCACACACUGCUGUUUAUCAAUAUUUAGCUCAAGGUUAAUCGCAAAAGUAUUGAACUCCUGAUAGAGCCAUUCUCCUGUAAUAUUUAACAUUUAUCAUACCUGCAGGCUUUAGAGUUAUGAUCAGCAUUUAAACAUUUUUCUUUUUUAGAUAUCUAAAGGAAAUAUAUAGGUUUCAGCUGAAAGGCCUGAAGCAAAGUUACAUUAUAUUGGAGCUUUGAAGGAUUUUAAAGCAUGUUUGCAAGUGUUGCAACCUGUUGAAAGAAUGUGCAUGUACAGCUAAGUUGUUUACACAAAACAGUUUGUGUAAGUUGAAUUGCCCAUUGUAGUAACUGUUUUGCUUUGUAGAUUUGAAUGUACUGAAUUGUAAGAGCAGUUUCAUGAAAUCAUUAGUUAUAAACAUUAACAAGUAAAUAAAUUAUUGUUUUAUAUUUCA